AUGACUUGAGAAACUUGAGAGGGUUUUAUGAGAUAUAAUAGUACAACAAAGCUAUGAGAAUCAUGUGCUGAAGGUGAGUAUUACGAUCCGAUAAAGGGUGAUUGUUCAUCUUGAAAUAAUGUUUGAAUUCAAGCAUGAGCAUAUCAAGCUUCUUGUUUCGAAUGCCCUCCAAACAAAAUUUUUGAUAUUGACAUUUUUGAAUGCGUUGAAUUAUGUCCAUCAGAUAAAUUUGAAAUCGUAUCUAAUAAAAUGAAUAUUGGCAGGAUAUGAAGAACAUUGAAAUUCUAUGUUGACCCUGAAGUUGAUAGCAUUAUUGAAUUAGGAACUUUUAAGUAUCCUUAUCGAACAUUCAAAUCCGUUGCAUCAGAGAUAUUAAACCACUAUAGUAACACAAAAGCUGAAGUAGAAAUUUUUUUAUAAAGGAUGGAUAUAUCGAAAUGGAUAUGCUUUAUUUUAUUAAUAUGACUAGCGUGAAAAUUACAACUCACCCUGAUUACCAGCUUUUGAACAAAAGGGCACAAAUUUCAUUCACUAGUAAGGCUCAACAUGAAAUAUCCAAGAAGGCAAGGUUCCAUCUUUUGAAAGAUACCUCUAUAAGUCACGAAGAAUUUAUUAAUAAAGAUGAAUUAAGUGAAAGGGAGAUUUCUGAACUAUCAAAAACAAAAGUAGGAAUCAUGCUUGCAAGGACUAGUAUUGAGAUUUCGGAGAUAGACUUCCAUGCUAGUGAUCUUGGAUUCUUCUGAGUCCCAAUUUAUCUUCAAGAAAAGCAAGUGAAAUUAUAUAAUCUGGACUUUAAUGUGACUGGCAUUUCACUGGAAAGCAAAGACCCAAUGAACGCACAUCUUGAGAAUAUCACUGUGGAUGUAUCAAGGGGAUUCCGUUUCUUCUAUCCUGUGUUUGUGUUCUGAAAUUAUCCAGAAGCCUUCACACAGAAUAGCAUUUAUGUAAAAUCUGUGUACCCGAAGAUUUCUCUGAAGAAGCCAACUUAUAAUUUCAGCUUAUUGAAUUCUUAUCUCCCUGGCAAUCAUACUAUCGUUGAUGUAGAUUGAGGAGGACUUCCUGUUAACGAUCAGAUUGAAGUUUGAAUAGCAUUUGGCUCUAAUUCGUUAUGAAUUCCUGAUGAUGGUUUACUCCAAAAUCUUGAGGUUGAUUCCAUAUAUGCAGAUGGCAGAGUACAAAAUGCCGGAAUUGGGAAUGUGGUAAUUGUCCCAGUUAUUUCAUUUGCAGUUCCAUAUAGACCUGUUGAAAUCAAACUGACAAAUUUCAAGUUUAUAAAUAUUACCCAGCACUGGACUUGGGGAUUGUUUUAUCUGUACAGUGUUGGCUUAGAAAAAGGUGAAAUAUCUAAUUUCACCUUUCACAAUUGUACAUGUGACUUAUUCUUGAUGGAAAUUCUUACCAUUAAAGAUUUAAAAAUAAAAAAUCUUACUUUUGAAGAUAGUUUGAAUCAUAAAGCUGAGCUCGCUAAAAUCGCAGCAAAUGGAAACAUUAUAAUGGAAGACGUGACUUUAAGAAAUUUUAGUAAUGCUGGAGCAUAUAAUGCUCCUCUAUUUUCUUUUGCAUUUCCUAAUACAAGUUCAAUAAUUCUGAAAGAUUUUAGCUUCCAAAAUUUUGAAUUGGCCCCUGUGCCUCUGUUUUAUAUAAAUGCUGAACCAGUUAUGAUGACAAUUGAAAAUUUUAUGUUUAAAGAUUGCAAAAUUUCAGAAGCACAAUCUUUAUUAGACUUUUUCUACAUAAGCUCAAUCUCAGUUUCUAAUUUGACUGUUGAGAACGUUAGUCCCAUGAGCUCUGUAGGAACCACUGAGAAAAUUAUCAGAAUUGGCUCUCUAAAUUAUGAGGAAUUGCAUACAGCUGAGUUUUCAGAUAUCACAAUCAUGAAUUCUUCUAUUUCUUUGUUCGGGAUUGGAGCUAUUUCUUCGAUCUCGAAUUCUGAUAGAAAUAUUUCGUUCAAUAAUAUAAAAUACUCUGAAUGCACUUUUCCAUCUCCAAGAGCAUUAGUUUCCACAGAUAGAUUUAUUGGAGACCUCAACUUGUACAUUCAGUUUAACCAACUGACAUUUGAGAAUGUGAAAUUUGAAACUUCUGGUGUUCUAAUAGAGUUGAAACAUCAACUUCCUACUGUUGUCCAUUUUAUUGAUUGCUUCAUUUCUGGUGCCAGUUCUGGGUCUAUUGAAGCUGAAGGUAAGAAAAUAUCGAAUUAUCUUGACACAAAGUUCAGAUUUAUGAACUCUACAUUCUCAAAUGUAACUCUCAACAAUACUCCAUUCAUCUCAACAAGCCAGAAUUUGGUUUAUGAGAUUCAGAAUAGUUCGUUCACAAAGUUUACAUCAAUGGGCCUUAUUGCAGGAAUAUUCAGAGCAUCUGGUAGGUCUGUGAUUACAAUCGAAGAUUCAGUUUUCCAUAAUAACUCUGCUGUUUUAUCUACAAUCUUCAAAGCAGAAACUGAAGCGAGUAUCAUUUGAACAAAUUGUACAAUUUUUAACAACUUCGGAGUCACAAAUGGAGUAUUUGAGAUCGAAUCAGGUGCAGUGUUGAAGAUACUUCAAAGUGCAAUUUAUGAAAACUAUGCUAUUCAAUACCCAGUUGGAGUAUUUUUAUCUGCUUUUACUCCUUCGAUCAUCAGCAAUACUCAAAUUUAUUCAAAUAGUGAAAUUUUUGAAAGUGAUUUAGCUGUAGAGCUUUCUCCUAGUUGUAUAAAACUGUGAUUUUUGAAUAGUUUGAUAAAAAGUUAUCUUGCCAACUUAGAAUUUGCCACUAUUACUCAGACAGACACUCUAAUUCAAGUGCUUCUAGCAGAAGUUCAUAUUAUCAACAACACACAAAUCUACAAUAGCACUUCAGUUGUAUACAGUUUUUCUUCUGUUUUGAUAAUAGAGAAUUCUUUUCUGUUUGGAAUAAACUCUACAAACUCCCCAAUUAAUCUAGUCUCAACUGUAGCUACUCUGAAUAAUCUAACAAUAGCUGAUUGAACCAAGUUAUCUUCUCAGGAUGAGCACGCAUUUAUCCAAGUAACAUCUGGAACUUUGAUAUCUUCAGGCUUGAAAGUGUCAAGCACAGAUUUCAGAGUUUCUCAACUAUCUUUCUCAAGCUGAAUGAUGAAUAAUACCCAAUUUAAAGAUGUAAUAAACGACAACGGCCUUAUCAGAUGUCUUAAAUGCCAAAAUUUUGCACUUGACACUUUGUUAUUAGAAAAUUCUUACUCUACAUCAUUUCCUUUACUCAUCUUCCAGGAGACUCUAAAUGUGGAGUUGAAGAACAUCAAACUCUCUGAAUAUCAGUAUCGGCUAGUCCAGUUUUCAUUCUCAAAUGUUACUUUGAUACAGGGCCUCGAAGUCAGUGGUGGAAAGCAGACUCUUGAGUUCAUGGAUUCUUACAUUCUCAAGAUGAAGAAUUGAUCAUUUUCUAAUAAUGAAGAAACUGGAGCAAGCAAGGGUGGAGCCAUUAAGAUCUAUAAUAGUAAAAUAAGCAUUGAAGAUACUAUAUUCAGAAACAACUCUGCAUACUCUGGAGGAGCAAUCGCUUUCGAGUGUACCAGUAUGGCUAAUUGCGAAUUGAAUAUUGAGAACUCGAAAUUCUUAGAAAAUAGUGCUAGAGUGAGUGGAGGAGCAAUAUACUACAACUAUAAUUAUCCAAAAAUUAAAACCACUGAAUUUAGUAAUAACAGUGCAAAUUAUGGACCAAAUUUUGCCAGUUAUCCUGCAAAGAUAGGACUUGCGGAUAGUUCUCAAGGAAACGAUAUUAUUCUGGACAACAUUGGAUCAGGUAUAACGAUUGAUCAAACUUUGACACUUGCUAUUUACGAUAUCGAUAACCAAAUAAUGAAUCUGGAUAAUUCAAGCCAGAUUGUUAUUCUCUCAAGGAAUGCAUCUGAAGCUAACACAAAAGGAUUCAAUAUACUCUCGGUCGAUCAGGGGAUCGCUCAGUUUGAUAACUUUGCUGCUGUCAUAAGGGAUAACAAACGAAGCUCAAAUUUUGCUUUGAGUUCAAAAUCAAUCAACACUGAUAAAGUUCAAGAGGUCUUAGGAUCUUUAUUUUCUCAGAAAGAUCUUCAAAUUAAUUUUAGAGACUGACAGCCAGGAGAAAGGAUCGUUGGGGAUGAGUGAAAAAUAUGAGCUACCGGUACAUACUCACUUGAAUGGAAUGCAACCAAAUGAGUUGAUUGAAACCUAGAAGCAGAUUGUCUUGGAGGCAAUCAAGUAUACGUGAAGUCUGGUUAUUGGAGAAGGUUCCAAAAUUCGACCAAGAUUGUUGAAUGAAUAGUCGAAGAAGCUUGUGAAGGAGGAUUUUUAGAUGUUGAAGAUGACAAUCAAACAUAUAACUCCAAGAAAAUUCACCCAGUAAAUUGAGCAGAAGGAUAUUCAGGCAAUCUCUGUUCUCAAUGAGUUGUAACCCAAGAUGUGAAAUACGAAAGAAUUAAUGAUUAUGAGUGACAGAAAUGUCCAGAACAAGUUUGGAAUGCAAUACAAGUCGUGUUUACUUUACUACUUGUCUUACUAUUUCACAUAAUUUUGGUUAUUAUCAAUGUAAGAAAAACUGAUGAAAGUGAAUUAUCAGUUCUUUUAAGAAUUCUUACUAAUUAUCUCCAGAUUAUAACAGUGUCUGUAUCGAUGACCAAUGAUUAUCCAGCUGGAUUAAUUGCCUUAACAAUUCCUAUUAGAUUGUUUGGAGGGUCUACAGAUGCAUUACUAUCGUUUGAUUGUUUCAUUAAAGACACUGAAGUCAACUUUAUGUUUAACUCAAACGCAAUUUUCAAGUUGUUCCUGAUGACAUUCUUGCCAAUAAUCUUAUUCUUUAUCAUUGCAGUGAUGUGGGUAAUCAUUAAAUGGGUCAAACCAGCUUGGUGCACAAAUAUUAAGAGAGCUCUUGUGAUUUCUUUCAUCACAGUUGUAUUUGUUUUACACCCAAACCUCACAGAGAAAAGUAUCAGUCUUUUCAAAUGUAUUGAAAUUGAUGAAGGCUAUAAGGUCGCAAGGAUAGAUACUAAUCUAGAAUGAUUCUCCCCAACACAUUUGAAAUGGUGAAUAAUAGUGGGAAUACCAAUCAUUUUAGUCUGGGUAAUUACCUGACCAUUAAUAACCUAUCUUGUCAUUCUCAAGCAAAGGAAGAAGAAAGAUAGUAGAAUGAUGGAAUACUUCUUAAUAAUCUACCAAGGACUCAAACCUGAAGUAAUAUAUUGGGAGUUUGUUAAUACUAUGAGGAAAGUUGCUAUCUUAUUGUUUCUUCUUUUUGAGCUGAAGGUUGCGAUCAAUUUAUCACUAGCAGUACUUCUGCUGACAGCUCGUAUUCAGAUCAAGAUCAAGCCUUAUAAAAACUUUGAAAAUAAUAAAAUAGAGUUUUUAUCUAUAAUGGGAGGUGCCACUUUGACUAUGGGAGCUCUAGUGUAUUCUAGACAUGAACAGCAUGAUGUUCUGAAUGGCUUUGUUUUUCUAUCUAUUGCCAUUGUCAACUGUAAAUUCCUAAUAGAAUGGCUGAUACUAUUGUUGCAGCUGUAUCAAGAAAAGAAUAAAUUUGCUCAAAUCACCGUAAUUUUUCUGUCCAAAAUUAUGUGCAAAAAGAGACCAAGACUAGAAAAAAUAGAGAAGAAAGACCAAAGCAAAAUAAAGUCUCCCCAAAAAGAAAUAGAAGAGAAUAAGAGUGAAUCUGGUAAUGUAAAGAAGAGAGUAUCCAGAAAGUCUAAGUCAAUAAUUAAGAGAGGGAAGUUCAAGAGACAAGAGCACGCAAAAAUAUGGAAGAAUAAAAGUGUCCGUCCUAGGGAUUUUGAAGUUGAUGAACAAGGUACAAAACCUCUCUAAUGCUGAUGUUUAUUGCCCAUUGAAAAUCUGCAGGUUUUAAAUGCUAUUGAAUAGUAGAUGAAAAUACAAAUUUAGUAACUUCUGAGAUAGAGUAUCAGAUCUGAGGAGCUAGUAACAAUUUUUUUAAUUAUUUUUCUACAUUCAAGAGCUUUGUAAUUGAUAAAAGUCAUAUUACCUCUGAAGCAUGGACUUGACUUAGUUCUUGUCCUAAUUAAUUUUGAGUUUAAUUAAGUGAAGAAAUACUGAUGAGACGUUUUAUUCAGUAAUAAUCAUACAUUCUUAACUCAUAUAGUAUUCUCUUUCUCAUAGAGAGUAGAAAAAUUUCUGCUUAAAUAAAUAUGAAGCAUAGUAUUACUUUAAGUAAAAAAAGGACCAUUUAUUGGUGUGGGUCUCUAAUUCUUAAAAAUUAACAUUUUAUCAAGAAAGUUAUUUAUUUCAGGUUUCGUUGGUUUCCUGAAUACUUCUUUACAAUAAGCAUUUAUUUAUAUUCAGUUAUUAUCCCUAACACUUGUACAGAACAUAACAACAGUAUAAUAAUGUCGUCCAGUUCAUAUCAAGAAUCUCAAAUUCGUUUCAUGAAAAAGGAAAGCGAAGAUCGAACUCCUUACCAAGAUGUUAGUCCUCAAGACCAUUGUGACUCUGGAGCUAUUGUAGAGAGUAAAGCAAGAAAAGUAGAGAAAGAUCUUUCAGAAAAUGGUGAAACUCCUUGGAAGAAGAGGAUAAUGUAAGCAGAAUAUAGGCUAUCAGGAGAAGGUAUCCUCGUCUGAGUCCGCAUUAAAAGAACGGAAACUUAGCCUAAAAUCCUGAACAAUCUGCUGACUCAUCUAUCAGGACUACACUCUUCAGGGAUUCAUCAACGCCUGC